AUGGCCCACGCAGGAGACGGCAAGCGGGUGCCCUGGCUCCCCGUGCUGGUGGUGUUGCUGCUGUGCUCGGCCAGAGCAGAGUAUUCCAACUGCGGUGAGAAUGAAUACUACAACCAGACCACGGGGCUGUGCCACGAGUGUCCGCAGUGUGGCCCGGGGGAGGAGCCCUACCUGUCCUGUGGCUAUGGCACCAAAGAUGAGGACUAUGGCUGUGUCCCCUGCCCGGCGGAGAAGUUUUCCAAAGGAGGCUACCAGAUAUGCAGGCGCCACAAGGACUGCGAGGGCUUCUUCCGGGCCACGGUGCUGACGCCGGGGGACAUGGAGAAUGAUGCUGAGUGCGGGCCGUGUCUCCCUGGUGCGGGCGGGGCCAGAGUUUUCUCUGUGGUGUUUGGCUGUCUCAGCCCCACAGAGCUGCCAUUUGACUGUCUCGAGAAGACGAGCCGAAUGCUCAGCUCCACAUACAACUCCGAGAAGGCCGUUGUGAAAACAUGGCGCCACCUUGCCGAGAGCUUUGGACUGAAGAGGGAUGAGAUUGGGGGCAUGACAGAUGGCAUGCAGCUCUUUGACCGCAUCAGCACGGCAGGCUAUAGCAUCCCAGAGCUGCUCACAAAACUGGUGCAGAUCGAGCGGCUAGAUGCCGUGGAGUCCUUGUGUGCGGACAUUCUGGAGUGGGCUGGGCUUGUGCCCCUUGCCUCCCAGCCACCCAUGACAGCCUGAGGAGGCUGCCUGUGGGCUGUCCUCCCUGGGAGGCACCAAGGAUCUAACGAGGGCUCUGGAGCUGUGAGUGCUGCCAACAGACUGCCAAGAAUCGAGGCUUUUUCUCCUGUCACCUGGCU